AUGCUGCCCACCCAACGCCAUACCGGACGCUGCAUCUACUGCGCCUUCCGCACCCAACAACUUGCUCUCCAAGCUCGCCGCCUCAAAUCUUCCACCGCGAACAAGACCUUUCGAUUCAACGAACCCGAAAGGUCGAAGCCAGCGUUCCGACGAAUCGAUGCAAAACGAGAUGUGCAGACCCGACGGCCUGGUAGGAACGAUGACCAUGCUUCGAAUGGAUACAGGGGUGACGGCAAGGUCAAAAGAUUAACUGAUGUUGGCUUCCAUUUCGAAAAUGGCAAAUUCAUGUCCAAGACGUCUGGCAGAGGCCAGGGAGAUCCGAACUUCAUGGACGCGUUGCAUAAGCGUAUGGAUGAGCUGAAGGGUACAUUGGAAGAUGCACCCUUGCUCGAACACCUGCGGGAGGAAGACGAGAGCGAGGGAGGCAAAGCGGAAACCUUCAAGAAGAUCUGGGCCAAGUUUCGACGAGAUAUCUUGAGUGAAAGCGAUGGCAAUGUGCCGUGGAUCGGGGCAGCCAAGAAUGAAGGGGCGAAUACUCUACGGCAAGAUUUGAGGGAAGCCUUUCGCACACGAGGAAACAAUGGGUUAGAUGACAAGAUCAAAUAUGCCUUCUAUGCCCACGUUACGGGCUCGCGAUUCACGCCAAGCGACAUCAAGAACCAGAUGGCGUUGGCAGAUCUGCGAUAUCCGGCUGAGUGGUUUCCUGCAACGCGAGCUCUUCAUCGGACUGUGCAUCUGCAUGUUGGACCCACGAAUUCGGGCAAGACAUACCAUGCCCUACAGCGGCUGGAGAAGGCAGAGAAAGGUGUCUACGCUGGUCCGCUCCGUCUACUGGCCCACGAGGUCUACUCCCGUAUGAACGCGAAAGGUCGAUCCUGCUCGCUCAUCACGGGCGAAGAACGUCGUUCUGCAGCCGUUGGGGUGAACCUGAGUGAAUCGGAGCUAGCUGCUUGUACAGUCGAGAUGAUGCCUCUGAAUAAGAGUCUAGACGUGGCAGUCAUCGACGAGAUUCAGAUGAUCGGCAACAACGAACGUGGUUGGGCAUGGACACAGGCGCUCAUGGGUGUCAAGGCAAAAGAGGUUCAUCUCUGUGGCGAAGAGCGUACUGUACAACUCAUCACCGAGCUCUGCGCCAGUGUGGGCGAUAAACUGGAGAUCCACCGCUACGAGCGCCUCUCACCUCUGAAAGUCGCAGACACAAGUCUAGAAGGCGACCUCCGCCGCCUCCGCAAAGGCAUCCACGCUUUGCGGAAACAAAUCGAACAACAGACCGGCAAGAAAGUAGCCAUAGUCUAUGGCUCGCUCCCACCUGAGACCCGUGCGCAACAAGCUCGUCUCUUCAACGACCCAGACAACGACUAUGAUUACCUGGUCGCCUCUGAUGCUGUGGGCAUGGGUCUGAAUCUAGCAAUCAAACGCAUCAUCUUCGAGAGCUCGUCCAAGUUUGACGGGACUGCAAGACGAACACUCGGUGUAGCAGACAUCAAGCAGAUUGCCGGUCGAGCAGGUCGAUAUAGAACAGCUGCUUUCAACGCCGCCACACCUACAGCAAACCAGGAUCUCGCGGCCGCCAAAGGCGAUUCACCCGUUGAAGCCCUUCCUCCUCCCGCCUCAGAGCACCAGAAAGAAGACAAGAACGAAAACAUCGGCCUAGUAACAACAAUCGAGCCCUUCGACUACCCCAUCGUCGCCGCCGCCAUGGCCUCCGAACCAGAACCCAUCCGCACCGCAGGUAUCUUCCCUCCCAGCUCCGUCCUCGUGCGUUUCGCCUCCUACUUCCCGCCCGGAACACCCUUCUCAUACAUCCUCAUCCGACUCCAUGAGCUGAGUCAAAUGCACUCCCGCUUCCACCUCUGUGGCUUGAAAGAACAGCUUUGGAUCGCCGACCUCAUCGAGCCGAUCCAGGGCUUGACCGUCGGUGACCGAAACGUCAUAUGCUCCUCCCCGUGCAGCAGGGGAGACGAAAUGUGGAAGAAUCUCAUGCCGGCCUUUGCGCGCUGUAUCGCUGAACAGUCCGGUGGUUCGAUCGUCGAUAUCGAAGAACUUCCCCUCGAGAUUUUGGAGCUGGAGCCGAGCGCUAGCAGAGAGUACCUUCGCGAAUUGGAGCGGCUGCAUAAGGGAAUCGUGACUUAUCUUUGGUUAAGUUAUCGUUUUGCGGGCAUCUUCUCGACGAGAGCUCUGGCUAUGCAUGUUAAGGGGUUGGUGGAGGAGAAGAUUGAGCAAGUUUUGGCGCAGUUCUCCUUUUCGGAGCAGCAGAGGAGGAAGAAUGCGGCGAAGAGGGAGAAGAUGGUUUUGAGGGAGAUGGAGAGGGCGGCUGAGGAAGUUGGUCGGAUGGAGGAAGGUGCGCGGAUGGCUGUGGAGGAUGAGGGCGCUGCUGUCCGGGGUUCUGAAUCUGGGGCUAAGGACGAAGCUUCUUUGGCUGUUGAUACUGCGGAGGUGGGUAACCCUGAGCGGGGUUCGAUGUUGGCGGGUGGUGAUCACUUCACCGGCGCCGAAGACCUUGAGCUCGGUGAUCCGGCUGAGCAGGACAUCAUGGUCGUGGAUCCGGCUGCUGCUUCUAGCUUUGCGCAGUGGCGAGCACAGCAGACCAAAAGGAUGGACCAGAGUGUGAACGAGUCCACUGAUAACCCGAUGGCAGCCGCUCAUGCUGAAGGAGAGGACACUGCCACUCAAGCUGCUCGUGAGGGUGAAACUGAAACCUCGAGCGUGGAAAGGCCCUCUUCGGAAGAUGUGCUUGUCCAGGAAAAGGCAGUCACUGAGCUCGAAGGUGGCAAAGAGGCCGAGGCUCAGUUCACGCCCGAGACUAAGAUGAACGACAGCGAGGAAGAGACACCGGCUGUGACCAAGAGUCAAGGUACCUCGCCACAGCCUGGGGAAGGUCCAAUGAACCGGCAGGAACAGUCUACGUCCGAGCCGGCGUCAGCAUUCAGCACAAGAACGCUGCCCAAGCAUCUCGGGCUUAAUGUCAACGCUGAAAGAUCAGAAAGUCAAGCUCGACGACCAGCCCAUGCGUCUUCGUCUUUGUAG